AUGAUGAUUUUUACAAAAUUUUUAAAGAAAAUUUUAGAAUUUUUAGAUAAUGAUAUGGUAACACUUCAUUCAUGUUUAUUAGUAAAUGAAGAAUGGAGUAAAAUAGCGGUAGAAAUAUUAUGGAAAGAUAUUUAUAAAAUUCAAGCAAGUGCGGAAGAAUUAUAUGGAAUUGAAUUAGAAGAUGAAUCUGAUCAAAAUAUAUUAUCUACAUUAUAUUCAUGUUUAUCAAAAGAAUCUAAGGAACUUUUAAUUCAAAAUAAUAUUAUAAUUGAAUCACCUACAUUAAAAUCACCAAAAUAUGAUUAUCCAAGUUAUUGUAAAUAUCUUGAUGCUGGUUAUAUUAAUCAAUUAAUUAUUAUACAUCUUGGUGAAGAAAGUAAAAUUUAUGAAAGAACUUUAUUAAAACAAGAAAUUUAUCAAUUGUUUAUUGAAAAAAGUUCGUCACUUCUUUACCUUCAUUUUCAUGAUCCUCAUGUUCCAUUUCCUUAUUUUUCUGGUAUAUCAAAUUCUAUCAAUCACCUUCGUGAAUUUUCUUGUGAUACAAGCAUUCCUCCUUCAAUAUAUUGUAGAAUGGCUCAAUUAUGUAGAAAUAUUAAUAAAUUAUUAAUUAAAUGGGUUAAAGAAGAUAAUGAAGGUUUGGCAAAAUUAAUUCAAUUACAAAAUAAUUUAUAUGAUAUUGGUUUUGAAUGUGAAGAUCAAGAUAAUUUGGAAGAAAAAAUUGAUCCUUUUAUAUGUACAAUUAUUGGUAAUGCUUUGGAAUCAAUUUCAAAUUCUUUAUCCCAUCUUUAUAUUAAAAAUUCUUUAUUUUGUAUUCCUUUAUCAUCUAUUUCAAAUUUAACAAAUUUAACUUCUAUAGAUUUAAAUUUAGAAGAAUUAUUUCCAAUUGAUGCUUUGGAAUCUUUAUGUAAUAUUCAUUUUCCAAAUUUAUCAAAAUUAUUAAUUGGUGAAAAUAUUCCUCCUUUAGUAUUAAUAGCUAAUUUUAUUAAAACAAAUGGUAGUUCUUUAAAAGAAAUUUUAUUUUAUAAUGGUUUUUAUAAUGGUGAUUUGGAUGAAUGUACUAUAUUAAAUCAAAUGAUAAGUAGAACUUGUUCAAAACUUGAAACUUUGAUGACUUUUUGUUAUGAUGAUCAAUUUCAAGAUAUAAUUGAAAUUUUAAUUUGUUGUGAUAAUUUAAUUAAUUUAAUUUUAAGAAAUUCUUCUGAUGAAAAUAUUGAUGCUACCCCUUUAUUUACUACUUUAUUAGCUAAUUCUUCUCAUCAUAAACUUUCUAAAUUUUGUGUUGAUAGUAAAAUUCAUUUUACUCCUGAUAUUUUAAAUUCUUUUUUAGAUAUGAUUGAUGAUAAAAAAAAUAUUAAUUCUAUAAUAUUUUAUAUUUAUAAAUCUGGUGGUAUUAAAUAUGUUGGUUAUGAUGGAAUUACAAAUAAUCAUUUACUUAUUCUUGAAAGUGUUGGUGGUUGUAUUUUAGAUGAUGAUGAUAUUAUUAAUGAUUUUUCUACUGUACCAAAAUUUAGGGUUCCUUAUAGGUAUUCAUUAGAAUAA